AGCAAUGGAGAGCCAAGCAUUGGAGAUAAGCUACUCACAUCUCCCACAAGCCCUACGUCACACGUGGCGUCUCCUCGGAUCUUCAGACCUCCUCUGUCCGAACAAAAGUCGAGAUUUUUUAUUGUUUUUUUUUUCCUCUUGUUUGAGAGUCAAGAGAGACCAAGGAAGAAGAAGAGGCUCGGAGAUAUCGAAGGUUUGACUUCUUUCUCUCACAACCCACCAAAUCAAUAGUGAGAGAUUAGCUAUUCGAGUGGACAUGUCGAGCUUAGCUGCUUCGUUGGUCACUGGGGUUGGCCUGAGACCGGAAAGGCCGAUUCUUUAUCAGCCCACUUCGUUUCCUUCCUCGAGAAGGAACACUCAUGGUGUUGUUAAGGCCUCAGCUCGGGUCGAUAAGUUCUCCAAAAGCGAUAUCAUUGUCUCUCCAUCAAUCCUAUCUGCAAACUUCUCCAAAUUGGGCGAGCAGGUGAAAGCUGUUGAGUUAGCAGGUUGUGAUUGGAUUCACGUUGAUGUGAUGGACGGUCGUUUUGUUCCCAACAUUACAAUCGGACCGCUUGUGGUUGACGCUCUGCGCCCUGUGACAGAUCUUCCACUGGAUGUUCAUCUUAUGAUAGUGGAGCCUGAGCAGAGAGUGCCGGAUUUCAUCAAAGCAGGUGCGGAUAUAGUUAGUGUACAUUGUGAGCAGUCCUCUACCAUCCAUUUGCACCGUACAGUCAAUCAAAUUAAAAGCUUGGGAGCUAAAGCUGGAGUUGUGCUUAAUCCUGGCACUCCGUUGAGUGCAAUUGAAUGUGUAUUAGACUCGGUUGAUCUGGUCUUGAUAAUGUCUGUGAACCCUGGGUUUGGUGGGCAGAGCUUUAUCGAAAGCCAAGUGAAGAAAAUCGCAGACUUGAGAAGAAUGUGUGUGGAGCUGGGAGUAAACCCAUGGAUUGAAGUCGACGGUGGAGUCACUCCCAAAAAUGCUUACAAGGUUAUUGAGGCUGGAGCAAAUGCUUUAGUGGCUGGAUCAGCUGUCUUUGGAGCCAAAGACUACGCGGAAGCUAUAAAAGGAAUCAAAACUAGCAAGAGACCAGAAACAGUGGCUGUGUGAGAACAUAAAAGAUUCUUGCAGAGAAGCUUGGAACAAACCUCGGAACAAGGUUUACUUGCAGCUUACAAAGACAUGUAAAAGAGGCAAGGAAUGUGUACAAAGCACUCUUUGUAAAACACAAUUUCAAAAGACAAAACCCUUAAAAAGUAAAUUUUAUUUUCACUUUGCGUAACGAAGUGGUCAAAGUAAACCUCAGCUUCAUAUAAUCUCAUCUCCCAUUGAUGAUCC